CCUUACAAAUUUGGAUUCAAAUAUGGCAAGGAAUUCUGGUGUCGAAAAUAUUCCCGCUAAAGAUCAGAGAGUUGAGGAUGAUUACAUUGACGAACUUAUCAGGAAAUAUCUCUAUAGCGAGGACGUGAAUAGUUUUUACGAAGACUCAACUAUUCCCUCACUGACCUCCCCUGAGGCUGACAAAUGGCCUGGAGAGGUACUCUCACAAGACUUCAGUGACAACCGGGAUUUUUCCGUACCGGAACUCUUUUUGUUGGAGGAUGUGAAUAGUUUACCUGACAUGGUCGACGAUACAGGGUCCGACGAAGAACUUCUGUCUAUUUUGGACGAAAUAAUCAUGGAGGACGAGAAGAAAACAGAAGAUAAAGUUACAGUAACAGGAGAGGUCAAACAUUUUCAAACAACUCAAAAAAUCGAACAAGAAAGAGACACCACAGCACUUAACCAAGACCCAAAAUCACAGAAGAGGAAGAAAAUAAAAAGGACUUCAGCAGACAGGCGAGUCCAACCUGUAUGCAGAAGGCCAAUAAUCAUGAAAAGCAGAGCUAAAAGAAGAAAUGUUGAAGAGUGAAAUAAUUCACAUGACUUCUGUAACUUCUGUAACUUAAUAACUUUUGAAAAUCAAUAUAAUUUGCAAAAAUAGUCAACUGCCACCUGAGCCCUGAUGUCAUUAACUGCCAGCUUACACAUUCUUUGAUAUCUGGCUCAUUUACACUACUCUUUGAAACAAGUUAAAAUCCUUUACAAAAACAAAAAUAUCAAAGGAAUAGAUAAAUGCAGCAUGACCUUUUUUGAGGCACCUAUUUUUGUUAUACAUGUGGGAGCUGGUAAAAAUUGUUGCAAAUUUCCUUUGAAAUAAUACAUGUUGAGUCACUCAAUCUAUAUUUAAAUUGCAAAUGUUAAUAAAAUCCUCUUAUUGUUA